AUGGAGGAGGGCUCCCCAGGGGCUGUGUUGAACACUAAUCGCUUCAGCAAGAGAAGCAGAGUUACUGAAGAUGGUGACAUGGAGAGGGAAAUGGUCUCUGAAUCUGACCCUCAUCAGAUGACUGCUCCUGGGCAAAAUCAGGUACUGACCUCUCCUCUUGGCUCUGAAAGUUUCAGAGAUAAGUUAAUGAAGAAAGUUAAUUUGGCUAAAAACGUCGGAAUUGAUGUGAAUCACCUUAAUGAUGCUUAUGAUGAUCUGAACGAUGAAGAUGAUGUGGUGAUCUCUAAAGGGGAAAAGGGACCAAGCAUACAAUUUUCAGAGCGUGCUAUGUCGCGUCUCUGUAAACCUUGGCAGAAUGCUCUGAUCAUCAAACUCUUGGGUCGUUCCCACACACAUAAUUACCUUCAGGCUAGACUACAGCAGAAGUGGAGCUUAAAGGGUGGUUGGAAACUGGUUGAUUUAAUCAACGAUUACUUUGUGGUUAAGUUCGAACUUGAGGAGGAUCUCAACUUUGUUCUGACUGGAGGUCCAUGGAUUAUUGGAGGCCAAUACUUGAUUAUGCAAAAUUGGAGGCCUGGGUUCUGUCCAGCUACUGCCCAAAUCACUCGAAUGGCAGCUUGGAUUCGGGUGUCAGCCCUCCAACUGGAGUGCUUUGAUACCUGGGCAUUAAAAAGAAUUGGGAAUCUGUUGGGAAAGCUUUUGAAGAUUGAUACCCUCACAACCUCCCAAAACAGGGGCAAGUUUGCUCGGCUUUGUGUGGAGCUAGAUUUAACCAAGCCCCUGGAGGCCUUUGUUCAAAUCAACCAGGUGUGGUACAACAUUGAAUAUGAAGGUCUCCCUGAAAUAUGUUAUAUGUGUGGCCAUUAUGGUCAUAAAAAGGAAAACUGUGCUUUGCUCAAGAAUAUGCCUGCUGAGAAGGCUGGUGCAGGCUCAGAUACAGGAGCCAACGAGACUGUAGGAGGUGGGAUGGUGAUGGGCACAGAGGGCAUGGAUAUUAGUGUUGAGAACCUGAGGGGACCAUGGAUGAAUGUUCCACCUAGAAGAAAACCCAAAAGUGGUUUUAAAGAUGGAGGAAAUAAGGGAGCUGGAGGUACCAACAUGGGUACUCGAUUCGAUGCACUCAACAAAGUAAGUGAUGACUUUGGCAGAAAUAGUGAAUUUGUGGCUGGAAGGGGUAACCAAUUUGGGUCCAACCAUGUGGGUACAUCUAAACGAGGUGAGGAAAGGUUUAAUUAUUAA